GGUAAAGGGGGCGUGGUCGGUGAGAACAGCUGGUGGGGGCUAGUGUGAGGCGCUGGAGCCGAGUGGUUGGUUGGUCGAUGGGGGAAACAACAACAAGCUAGGCAUCAUGAGGGUCCCUGAAACACUGUUCUGGGCCGCUUUUCUCAUCCAAAAGGUGGUGGGAGAGUUCGGCAUGGCCCAUUUCAGUGACAAGGGCAAGAGCAAAGGAAAGGAUUACUGCAUAUUCUUCAAUUCACAAUGGGCACGUCUACCACAGGACCUAAAUAAGGCAUCACGUCUUCAGAUCCAUGACCUGACAUCAUCGGUCCUGUGCUCACCCUCUGACGUCCCGGAGGGAGGCUUCCCAAAUCGCAUCCCCAUGGUGAUGAGAGGCAACUGCACUUUUUAUGAAAAGGUCCGACUGGCCCAGAUAAACGGUGCCAAGGGCCUGCUCAUCGUCAGCAAGGACAGACUGACACCACCAGCAGGAAACAAGACCCAGUAUGAGGAGAUUGACAUUCCUGUGGCACUUCUCAGCUACUCUGAUAUGCUGGACAUAAGCAAGACAUUUGGUCAAGGUAGACUGGUCGCCAUGUAUGCACCCAAUGAGCCAGUAGUGGACUACAACAUGGUGAUCAUCUUCUUAAUGGCAGUAGGAACAGUCGCCGUUGGAGGCUACUGGGCCGGCAGCAGAGACAGCAAGAAGCGCUACAUGAAGCACAAGAGGGACGACGGUGCGGAGAAGCAGGACGAAGAGACAGUAGACGUCACGCCCAUCAUGAUCUGUGUGUUCGUGGUCAUGUGCUGCAGCAUGCUAGUGCUACUCUACUUUUUCUACGACCGCCUGGCCAUUUGGGUCAUAGCCAUCUUCUGUGUGGCCUCCUCGGUCGGCCUCCACAGCUGUCUGUGGCCCUUUGUCAGGAGACUCCCCUUCUGCAAGUGCAGGGUCCCAGAGAACAACUUGCCGUACUUGCACAAGCGGCCGCAGAUCCGCAUGUUGCUGCUGUCGGCCUUCUGCAUCGGUGUCAGCGUCACCUGGAUGGUGUAUCGCAACGAGGACCAGUGGGCGUGGGUGUUACAGGACGCCCUGGGGAUCGCCUUCUGCCUCUACAUGCUCAAAACAGUCAGACUCCCCACGUUUAAGGCCUGCACCUUACUGCUGUCAGUCCUUUUCGUCUAUGAUGUUUUCUUCGUAUUUAUCACGCCCUUCUUGACAAACAGCGGGGAGAGUAUAAUGGUGGAGGUCGCGGCUGGUCCCUCUGACUCCGCCACACAUGAAAAGCUCCCCAUGGUGCUCAAAGUGCCAAGGUUAAACUCCUCUCCCCUGGCUCUCUGUGACCGGCCCUUCUCCCUGCUGGGCUUUGGUGAUAUCUUAGUUCCAGGUCUGCUGGUGGCGUACUGUCACAGGUUUGACAUUUUAACACAGUCCUCCAGGAUCUACUUUGUGGCCUGCACGAUCGCGUACGGCAUCGGCCUGUUGAUCACCUUCGUGGCCCUGGCUGUGAUGCAGAUGGGUCAGCCGGCCCUGCUCUACCUGGUGCCUUGCACUCUGCUCACCAGCCUCGCUGUAGCUCUGUGGCGCAGGGAGUUGCGCCAGUUCUGGACUGGAAGUGGAUUUGUGCCUGCCAUAGCGCUCACACCCAUCAACUGUACACAAACUGCAGCGCCGCAGAUAGAGGAGCCCUCAACCAAACUGGAGCCGCAAACAUCAGAAGCCACCAAUCAGAGCGAAGACUCACCCCGACAGCCGCCUCAGGAAACGUCCCCAGCUGAAAAAGACGGCGAGGAAAACAAAUCUGACUGAAAGGAUGUCUUGUGCCGCAUUUAACACUUCACUUCAUCUUCUGUUUUUUUAUGUUUUGCGUUUUUUUUUUUUCCUACAUGUGUCUCAUUCAUCGGACGAUUUAAGUACGGGCGUUUAUUUGCACUUGGUGUGAAGGGAAGAGCAGAGGAGCUCAGUGAUUUCUGAGUGGCUGGUUCAGCAGGGCAACGGGAUUGGACACAUGAGGCCGAGGCAUUGAAACUGACAAACACGGCAAAUUUUAAACCUGAACUCCUUCGACAAAUUUACACUCUACACGGUCUCUAAAAGGAACCGAAAGGCCAAAUCUGGAUGCCACACAAGCUGUUUAAUACUCAGUGCUCCCAAUAAGAUGAAGGCUUCAACAGCCCUGAAGGCCCGGUCACACCAGCAUUUAAAAUGCAAAAUCAAUUCAGUGAAUGGAUUAAUUCACAAGGUGAAUCCACAGGAGUUAUGUAGAGCAUCAACAAAAAAGUUGAACGGAAGAAAAUACAAAAAGAAAAUCUAUUCUGAUAAUCGAAGAUUUUUUUUUUUUUAAGCAGACAUGCCAAAGAUUUGCUGGUUCCAGCUUCUCAGUUGUUACAUCCCGGGACAGAUGAAAUGGAAACAAGCUCAGUGGUCAAUGUGACUGACCAGUGCUAGUGUGUUAGCAUUUAGCUCAACAGCUACCUUAGUUUAGACACAGAGCAUUUACAAACAAAGACCUGUGCUGCUUUCCAGUGUGACGGGGCCUCAGAGGUGCCAGUAUGCUUGAAAUGAACUUGUUUGAACGAGAAGUGUCGUCUGUUUAAACCAAAAGGUAAAGUGCUACAGAGAUGCAGUGCACAAAUGGAAAAGUUGUAGGUAAGUAUAUGUGAUUGUCGGUAUGCUGUUAAGAAUCAUUCCAGAAAGCUUUUCAUUUCGAGCAUACUGAACCCUUUAUUCUCCAAGCACCAUAAUGCUGUGUCCACCGUGUGGCACGGCUCGACUUGACAUGCUUGCUUUAACAGGUGCUUUCUCGGUUUGCUGCUGCAGCUUGUAACCCCUCAAUGUUGGCUGGAUUCUUAGCUGAUCGCCAUAGCUAACCAGCUGAAAGUGCUCAACACACUUUUAUGAUCCUCUCAUUGGUAACUAAACAGAGGAACAUCUGCACUUUGUAAAUUCAACACAGCUUGUUUUUUGUUUUUUCCAAAAUAUGGGUUCCAACUGAAUAAAAACUCAUCAAGUUACAGUUGGUGUGCAGGACCGACCAAUCAUAGGUUUAAAAUCCAUCAGCAACUGAAAGUGAAAGCAAACCAUUUUGCCAGCAGGAAACCAUAACUGUUCCAAGCAAGUCAAGUUGGGCAGAAAUUCAACAGUAUACUCACACUACAUAACAAGUCAUUUGAUCCGUCUGUAAUCCUCCAUUAUACUUUAAUUGACACCAGAGUCAGAAUAUGAAGUACAGCAGUUAACACACUUUAAAAUGAGUUGCCAUCUUGGUUGUUGACUGAGCCAAAGCGAUCAGAUUUAUUUUUUCUUUAAACUGAAACAUUUGUUACUUUUGUUAUAUUUUGUUUUGCAUGCUAUGAUUUAGAUUUGUUUUUUACCCUUUAUAUAAAUCCAGUGUAUAAUCUCUAGUGCAGACAAAAAAGAAAAUGUUGUCCACAGCAGAUAUUUCCCCCCUUCCAAUAGUUACUCAUAUUGUCUUAAGAAAAUUGAUUUUGGCCUUAAUAUGAGUCCGUGUCGGGAGGUUCAGCGGAAUGUGUCACGUGUUAAAGUUGCUUUAUGAAAAAAAAGUACUGUACUCUGAUGAUGUGCUGCAGUUUGAUGUGUGAGCUGAGGAGCGAGCGACGGGCGUGUUAAUGUUCAUAGGUUAGUUUGUAAGAAGCAUUUGCACAAUAUUUUUUAAUUCAUGGGCUGACAGAAGCUGUCUGGCUCGUGUCUGUAUGUUGUUAUGUAUACUCAUACCGGUUUAAAGAAAACUGAAACAAAGGUAACGAUAUGUCGAAUAUCCAUCCUGCUUCUGUUUUUGAAAUUCUUCUCUGACCUCACUCCGAUUCUGGUUCUCAGCAGUUUGUUACACCUGUUAAAGUGAGAUAUUUCUGUGUUGAAGCUGAGGUCAGAGGUUCAAAAUGAGAGCAGUUUAGUUGUCUGGAUGUGCCCUCGCUGAUGACCAGGACGUGAGGAGAUUAUUCAUUCGCCAGUAUAGUUUGUUGUCACCAGGUGGUUUUUAUCGCCUCUGUUGAGGAAAACAUAUAAUAAACAAACAGUGUAUCUCAUA